AUGACAUCUAGCAGUAAAGACUACGAAGCUUGUAAUCAGUUGAUAGAAAAUUAUCUUAACAACGAUGCUGAACCUACUCUGGAAAGGUUCCUAAAUGACAAUGAAAAAGUCAUUGGCAAGCCAGAUUGGGACAAAUUGCUUUUAGCUGCAGUCAAAAAAUUCGAUACUGGUCCUCACCCCGUCCCACAACAACAAAAACCACCACCAUCAAUAGCAUCACCUUCAGCACCUUCAAAAUCAUCGAAAAAGCCAAUCACAGCAGCUAUGGUCGACAAGUACUUUGAGCCUUUGGUUGAUGAUAAAAAAUGGACAUUGAGUACAGGCAAAGUAGUUGAAGACACCAUGAAAAAGUACACAGUUACCUGCAACUUUGAACAUCCCAUACACUCAUUGAUUUUAGAUAUUGAUGAUAAAAUGUGGGUCAAGGAUGGGUAUUUCACCGAACAAGAAAUGAGAGAAAUCAAGGAUGCUCGUUGCCCAAAAGAUCCAGAAUUACCAACUCACAUUGCUGAAUACCUGAAAGGUUAUGCUGGAAACAAGGAUCUUGAAUCAAUCUUUGACCAUGCCAAUCAUCGUCUAUUCCAUCCCAAACGAGAAUCGGAUUUAUUUUGGAUUCAUCAAGCUUUUGUAAAAACAUUGAAUCUGUUUUACAGCAACUAUCUUCCAAUAACAGAUCAUAGCGAAACUGACAUCCUCAAUCGUGUCUGGGGAAUAGUACAAGAGUGUUUUGAUGUGUCACAUUUAUAA